ACCAUUUCAUUUUCUUCGGCACUAAGGGUUUAGGGGCACGCGCCUUCUCGAUCGCCCUCUCUUUCUCUGCCUUGCCGUAUCAUUUUCCCUUUACUUCCCCCAAGAAUAAUCAAAAUCAUCUCCGGUGGAUCAGAUCCUCCGAUCAAUCCAACCUACCCAAAUCAAUUUUCCCCAAUUUCCCAAUCCUCAAUCUCUAUGCUAUGGUACCGUCGCCGUCCCACUCCGAUCCCUCGCCGCCCAAUCCUCAAAUAAUCCAACAAUUCCUCAGCUCCGUCCUCUCUCAGCGGGGCCCCUCCGCCCUUCCCUACUCUGAAGACACCAAGUGGCUGAUCCGCCAGCACUUGGUGGCUCUCACCACCGCCUUCCCCUCGUUGGUCCCUCGUACUGCGAGUUUCACUCACAACGAUGGCCGCUCCGUCAACCUUCUCCAGUCCGAUGGAACUGUUCCCAUGUCGUUUCAAGGCGUUACCUACAACAUUCCGGUUGUUAUUUGGCUCAUGGAGUCGUAUCCUCGACACCCCCCUUGUGUUUACGUGAACCCAACUCGGGAUAUGAUCAUCAAACGCCCUCAUCCUCAUGUUAAUCCCUCCGGUAUGGUCUCCAUCCCUUAUUUACAAAAUUGGAUUUAUCCGAGCUCUAAUUUGGUUGAAUUGGUUCGUAAUUUGAGCGUUAUGUUUGGUCGCGACCCACCGCUUUAUUCUCAACGGAGACCGAAUCCUAGCCCUAGCCCUAGCCCUAGUCCUUCUCCGAGUCCUAGUUCUAGUUUUGGGCGUAAUAGUGUUAAUUCUUCGAUUGCUUCUAAUAUGGGGGUUGCCGCUUUCCCACGCCCUGCAAUUCCGCCGAGGGCUUACCCACCGUCGCCGUAUGGUAGCGGUAAUGAUAUUGCUUCUAUUGCGCGUAUGCAGCCUCAUACGGAAGAUCCUAAUGAAGUCUUUAAACGAAAUGCGAUUAAUAAGCUUGUGGAGAUGGUGCAUAAUGAUAUUGUGGGGUUAAGAAAGACUAGGGAGGCUGAAAUGGAAGGACUUUUUAGUGCACAGGGAGUGUUGAGACAGAGAGAGGAGGAUCUAAACAAAGGUUUGAAAGAGAUGCAAGAUGAGAAAGAGGCUUUAGAGCAGCAACUGCAGAUGGUUUUGAUGAACUCUGAUGUUUUGGAAGCUUGGUUAAGGGAGAAUGAGGGUAAGAUUAGCAGUGAUUUCAAUGCCGACGACGCGUUUGAAUGUGUUGAUGUGCUUUCAAAGCAAGUGCUUGAGUGUACUGCUUCAGACUUGGCAAUAGAAGAUGCUAUAUAUUCCUUGGAUAAGGCUGUGCAGGAUGGAGCAAUCCAAUUCGAUCAGUAUUUAAGGAAUGUGAGGUUGUUGUCACGAGAGCAGUUUUUUCACCGGGCUACCGCUGCCAAAGUCAGAGCUUCUCAAUUGCAAGCUCAAGUUGCUAACAUGGCUUCCCGGAUUUCUCAGUAUUCUAAUGGCUGAAAUAUUGUGGCAAUUUUCCCCUUUAGAGCUCUGCUGCCUUUAUAUGGUGCGCAGCAAUGCACUGCUUGAUUUCUGCUAUUUGGAUGGCCUUUCAAGGGGGUAUUACAGGAAGGUUAGAAUUUUGUGAAUUUUUCCUUCUUUUUUAGUUCUCCAUUUCAAAGAUGUUCCCUUUCUGAUAAAUAUUUUUCUAGCAUUUUACUGUUGGGGGGGUAUGGGUUAUUGGAAAAAAAAUAUAUGUACCAAAGAAUAAUAUUUGUGUCAAAAUCAUUUGUCUACUUACAAUUUGAUGUGAAUGAUAGUAUAUUUUUUUCUUCAUAAUU